CAGUGUGUAGAGUGGGAGAGGCAUGUCAUUAUAUACUGUCUGUAGCUGUUACAAAACCACUUCUUACUUAACCAGGGACAGCACUGCACAUGUCAGACACACAGAGGACUCCAGUAUACAGUAUAUACAGUGACAGCAACAGCAGCACCUGCACAACGGCUGGGGACAGAUCAGUAAAAACAGAUACUUGUCCACCAUAAGUGUAAAAUGCUGAAGACAGUGAAACAAGCUUUAUUCUCAACCAGUCUGCAGAACCCGAAGUGGACAGCAUUGGAAACUCAGACCCCAUGGCUAUCCUAUUUGCAGGACCACCUUCAACUUACUCCCAGACUCGUCAUUUUUCCACCUUGUGGCUUCUUACUGAUGUUUGCAAUGAACACCACUUCUUCAGAGUAUGAAAUGCGACAAUAUGAACCUGCAAAAUGGGUGAGCACUGAGGUGAAAUCCAUGAAAGACUGGGACAGUGCUGUCAGUGUCGGCUUCAUGCGUCUCUUCAACUAUAUUCAGGGAAGCAAUGCAAAAAAUGUUAAGGUCGAAAUGACUGCACCAGUGACAACUUACGUGGAGCCUGGGGCAGGGCCAGCCUGUGAAUCCACAUUCACCAUUUCAUUUUACAUUCCAACUGAACACCAAGAUGAUCCACCCCAACCUUCUGAAAGCAGCGUAUUUGUUACAGAAAGACCAGGAACAACUGUUUAUGUCAGGUCAUUUGGAGGGUACACUAAUGGUGCAAAGAACCUAGAACACAUAUCGAAGUUGUCAGAACACUUGAAACAGGACGGAAAAGUUUUUGAUGAAAAUGUCUACUACAGCGCGGGCUAUGACAGUCCAUUUAAGCCAAUAAACCGACAUAACGAGGUGUGGCUGAUAGCGAAAUAAUGAAACCUCCUAAAGCUCUAUCAUGUGCCUUGUAGUCCUUAUUGAGACAUGUCUAAAACUUUGAGGAGAUUUAAAAGAAAAGUGUACCUAAAUGUUUAUGUAGGUUUUUGUUUCAUUGUGUUGAAUGUUAGUGUGUCAAACAAUGUCGCCAGGUUUUUCAUGUCUCUGGAAGCAGAAAAAAAGCCCUUAAAUGUCAGUCAGUCUUUUAAAUACUAUAAGCAAUGACUUUCUGAGAUCAGACUACAUUGGCAUUUGCUCAGUGUGGACCCUAUAGUAUGGACUGUAUAGUGAAUGGUGCCUUAGAUUGGGAUUGUUAAUAACUAUUGAGAAGAAACGUUCUAUUUACAGUGACCUUGUUACAAAAUGGGUGAAGGUGUGUUUAUAUAUGUAUCUAUAUUUGUAAUGUAUGUGCGAAUAUGUGUUACUAAAUAGAUGCUAGACCUACACACACACAUAAAAUAAAGAAAUAUUGACAUGCUUGCAUUAUUAAA